AUGAACAGAAAUUUCAAUACAAAAAGUGUAAAAUAUAUAGGAUCUAAACAGAAUGAUGCACCCGAUACUAAUUACGAAGAUCAUGAUACAUCACACGCAGACGUCAAUUUCGAUACGAACCCUUAUUACAAUAGUGAAAGUUUUCUACAUUUAAAUACAAAAUUUUACAAAAAUGAAAAUAGCGCUUACAGUAACUAUGAAGACUAUAAAAAAUACUAUCUCAAUCCUUCUAAUCCAAUCCCUCAAUCUAAUGUUAAGUUUAAAAUAAGUAGUAGAAUAGUGCAGACUAAAUAUGGGAAAUUACAGGGAAUAGUUUUGGCUAUGGACGAGCACAGAUAUUUGAGUCCGCUUGAGGUUUUCUUGGGCGUACCUUAUGCGACACCGCCAGUGGGAUCCAACAGGUUCAGCCCUACAAGAACUCCCUCCCCAUGGGAUGGCGUGCGUGUGUCCGAUAGACCAGGUCCUGCUUGCCCGCAGAAACUACCAGACGUCGAUGACGAAAGGACCAUAUUAGAAAAAAUGCCUAAAGGCAGACUAGAAUAUUUGAAAAGACUGAUUCCCUAUCUUAAGAAUCAAAGCGAAGAUUGUCUAUAUUUAAACAUUUUUGCUCCAUUGCAAAUGGACGAAACCAAAUUAGCACUGCCAGUGCUGGUAUACAUCCACGGCGAGAGCUACUCUUGGAGUUCGAGUCAUCCAUACGAUGGCAGUGUAUUAGCCAGCUAUACGGAUCUUAUCGUGGUCACUUUGAAUUUCAGACUUGGCGUUCUUGGUUUGUUCCAUAGAGCAAUUCUGCUGUCAGGCUCGGCAUUAAGCUCUUGGGCAAUAGUUGAUGAUCCCGUAUACUACUCACUAAAACUAGCUAAACAGCUCAAUUGUACUAUACCAGAAGACCUCACAAAAGAUCAUGAAAUUAUUGUUGAUUGUCUUAGAGAAGCUACUAUAGAAGAACUACUAUCAGCAGACAUAUCCCCACCAAACUUUUUGACUGCUUUUGGACCAUCAGUAGACGGUGUAGUUAUAAAAACAGAUUUCGCCAAAGACUUUUUAACUAUGUAUUCAACGGGGGAUUUCCCUAGCUUUGGACCCCUGAAUAACAUGAAUGUUAACCUAAACGUCCAUAGAAAGAGAAGUGAUAGUGGAAGACGUCUGUUUCAAAACAAAUAUGAUUUAUUGUUCGGAGUUGUCACGAGUGAAGCAUUAUGGAAGUUUUCAGCUAAUGAUAUUCAGAAUGGUAUUGAGCCGGAUAAAAGAGAUAGAAUGUUGAGAACCUACGUCAGAAAUUCAUAUACGUAUCACCUGAGCGAAAUAUUUUACACCAUCGUCAACGAAUACACCGAUUGGGAAAGAACGGUAGAGAAUCCAAUAAACACAAGAGAUGCAGCAGUUGCGGCAUUAUCAGACGCACAGUAUGUAGCACCAUUAGUCCAAAGUGGUGACUUGCUUAGCGGAGGACCAAAGCCCGUUCUGACAGAUGAAGAUGAACCUCGCAGACCGACGAAAACUUACUUCUAUGUGUUCGAUUAUCAGACUAAAGAUGGAGUUUAUCCUCAACGAAUGGGAGUAGUCCACGGCGAGGAGUUACCGUAUGUUUUUGGUGCGCCUUUAGUGGGUGGAUUUGGCCACUUUCCGCAAAACUACACUAAGUCUGAAGUCGCUUUGUCGGAGUCUAUUAUGAUGUGUUUAGCCAACUUUGUGAAGUCUGGAAACCCAAACGACAAUGUACGACAGGAGGCCCUGCUGCCAGCGUCGAGGGAGAGAAAUAAAUUUAGAGGGAUAAACUGGGAAGAAUAUGACUCAACACACCAGAAAUAUUUAGAAAUAGGUAUGAAGCCUCGCCUCAAAAACCAUUAUCGCGCCCAUCAACUUUCCGUUUGGCUGCGCUUAGUUCCCGAAUUACACAGAGCCGGAAUGGAGGACGUAGCCGCACGACAUAACCUAUUCAAAAACCACAACGAACAAGAACUUUACGAGGGUAUAGUUAGACCGGAUCCAUUGGCGAGGAAUGUCAAUGAUAAUGACCCGAUCAGGCGAACAAACGGUUCAGUGUAUACUGAUACAGCCCUAACGACCGUAGAUACGAUACUAGCAACCUGUGCCACAAUAUUGCCGGGAAGAGAUCUGCAAACAUUGAACGCGACUGAAAAUUCUUUGGCUAAUUUGGAGGCAGCUGGUUACGCAGCGUACUCAACUGCACUCAGCGUUACAAUAGCUAUUGGAUGUUCACUACUCAUCUUGAAUGUACUCAUUUUUGCUGGUGUUUAUUAUCAGAGAGAUAAAUCUAGGUCAAGAACUAAACAGACGAGGUUUAAUGAAAAACAUUUUGAAACAAUCUCUGGUAAACAUUCACACUAUCACAUUGAUCCCACACACGCUCCAAGUUUGGUAGUUGAUGUUGAACGGCAGAAUAGAAAGAAACACAAUAUGAUGAAUACUGAUCAACAUUUAGCAAAUUUAAAUUUCAAGGGUCCAUUGGAUGUCCCAAAAUCGCCACCUAGUCCAACGCUUAGUAUGGACAACGUCAUGCUACCGAGCAAACUCGGGAGUAGAAGCAACAGUUUUCGAAUACCUAACGUGAGUUAUACACAGAUGGGUUACGCGACUAUGCCAAAGAAUUUGAGUCAGUAUAAUACCUCGCCGCCUUUACAAGAGUUACGGCACCAGAAAUGCCAGCCUCCGAACGGAUCGACGGGGAACUCUCCGGGGAGGGAGGGGGAGGUGAGGGGGCCCCACGCUACCCUCCGACGGGGAAAAGCCUCCCUUCAUUCUAGCCUCCCGCAAGCAGCCAUUGAUGAAAUGAGAGUGUGA